AUGACAUUUGCACCUCGACUAUUGCAAUGUAGUGCUGAUACUUUGGCACAACUAUCCAUACUAUGCGGACUUCCUGUGCAGUCCACGAAGGCGGCAAGAACCCAGUCAUUGCUUGACGGGUUGAAAAUAGGUGCCAAAUUGCCCACAAAUAUGCGAGUAUUGGCUGUUGAUAUGGGUAUCAAGAAUUUCUCCUAUUGUCAAACUGUCGCCAAAUCGAAACCCACGAUUGAAAAAUGGACAAAAGUCGACUUGAAUAAUGAAUACGGAGCCACGUUCAAGGCAUUGACAAGCGAUCCUGGCUCGUUGAUCGAUUCGAGACGCUACCUUAGUCAUUUGGCAUACAACAUUGUUUCCACCAUAAUCAAGGAUAAACCCCAUUUGAUCAUGGUGGAAACACAAAGAACGCGUUCGAACAACAUGAAUUCCACGCUUCCAAACGUAUUGUUGAAUUAUACUUUGGAAAACAUGAUCUAUGCUGUGCUUUACACGCUCAAAACUGAUGCGGUGAUAAUCCCCAUGAACGCUAAUAAUAUGAUCAGUUUCUGGCUCAAUCGGUUCGUCGAUAAGAAGUCAUUGGGCUCGAACCCCAAAAAACUUCGCAUAAAAUUGGCAUUCGAAUGGCUUGCUCGUGAAGAUUUGCGGCCAUUUAUCUUUCACAAUUCUCUUCCACCAGACUUUUCCAGUUUAUCCACCCCAAACAAGUCUAGAGCAUUGCUAAAUGCAUUGCAAAUGUCGCCAAAGGAAAAAGUCGACGACUUGAUCGAUAGCUUAUUGUAUGCAUUGACUGCGAACGAAAUUGUCACCAACCAGAAAAAACUAGCCCGCGCAUUGGAACAGGACCAAGAUAUCGCUGCACUCGUGCACAAUUUGAACCAAAAUCAUCUACGUCUAAUCAGCCGCCUAGCAGCCGACGGUGACGUUACACUAGCUAAGAUUUAUGCAAACAUGUGA